UAGACUUUCCGGAUGCAGCAGACAGCUCUCUUCUGGCCUCUGACUACAUCAUGUUGAGAUUCCGAACGAUGUACUUCGACCGCAGCUCGGUCCUUUCGCUCUGGAUCUCUGGGCCACGUUAGGCAAGUUAAGGGAAACGAAUCCCGCCAGAGACACCUCCGUUCCAGCACGACUCCGUUCCCCGCAACCCGACGUUCCUCUACGACAUUAUUGUCUACAAUUACAUUGUUCGAGAUGUCGUCGUGGACGGACAUCUGGUAAUAAUCGCUCUUGGGAAAGGAACUUGAUCGUAUGCGGUCUCAGUAAUGGCCGCGACGAGAGACAAUGUCGGCGACGAUGCGCACCCCUCUGUCCCGAGCGAGCACAAUGACAAUCCCAACAAUCGAGACAAUCGAGACAAUCGCGACAAUCGCGACGCAACAGAACUGGACGAGAUCCACAUCACCGAUGACAAUCAGACGUCGUCCAGCGUUUCAGUCUCCUCGGAUGAAGACCGCAUAACCGCCCGACGGACACGGUCACAGUCGCAAUCGCAAGCCAGCCAGCGCAGCAACGUCCACGGUCGAUUUAGCGCUACCAGGAAAUUCUGGACAAGGAGCAUAGUGUUGACUGUUCCGCAGAAGUCGAGUCGCGAUCACCUUGCUCUUGAGCGGACAUUCCUAGCGUACAUUCGUACCUCCGUCGCGACCUCCAUGCUAGGCGUCCUCAUUGCGCAACUCUUCCGCCUGCAACGCGAGAGAUUAUCUCCGCCGCCACACGGCUUUGGAUUCUAUACUGUGGGCAUUCCCCUCUCAAUAGCCUGCCACGGUGUAGCCAUUCUCAUUGCGGCCCUGGGCGCACACCGGUUCUGGAAACAACAGCAUGCGAUCGCCCUGGGGAAGGUAUAUGCCGGUGGGUGGGAGUUGUAUUGUAUUGCGGCCUUGAUAACUGCGGUGGUCAUAACGAUAUUCGUCCUCGCGAUCGCGAUCUUGGCCAUUCGCGAGCAUUCAUAGCGGAGUUGUCUGCUGAAUUACACAUGAUGUCGACAUUCGUCUGCUGUUGUAAAUGCGCUCUUCCCCAUAAUUACGAUUGCGGUUUGUCUAGUACUGCCUGUUGGAUCAGGUCUCUUGAUAUCCUCUUCUCAAACAAAUUCCGUGAUGUGUUUGGUGGUUUUAUGCGGUUUUCUAUCCCCGCUUUAUUCGCUAGUUUGGCAAUCUCAUCUCGAUAGACAAGGAUAAAUCAAAUGUAUUCAUAGUAACUAUCAAUCAAUCUUGCUUACAAUCCAGAA